AUGUCCAACCCACUCGACACCGAAGCAGGCUCCGAGCUCUUCAGCAACUACGAGGCCGAGUUGAAGCUGGUACAGGCAGAUGUCUCGCAAAAGCUGGACCAGAUCCCCGAGCUCCAAGGCGAGCCACGCAAAGCCGCCGUCGCACAAGCCGAGCGAGCGCUGGAAGAAGCCAAGGAACUGCUCGAUUCGAUGAGAUUGGAGAAGCAGAACAUUCCACAGGCGUCGAAAGUCAAGGUCAAUCAGCGAUUCAGGAACCACGAGAGCGAUGUGGAUGCGGCGAAGCGGAAACUCACGAGCCUACGGGAGGACCGCUCGGCGUUGUUUGGCAAGCGGUAUACGGACAACCCAACACAAGAUGAUCAGCUGGAGCAGAGGCAGCAGCUGUUGAGCGGUACGGAUAGACUGGAGCGAUCGAGUGGAAGACUACGAGAGUCUCAGAGAAUCGCUUUGGAGACGGAGGACAUUGGCCGGGACACUCUCGCGGACUUGGGCAGACAAAGAGAAGUGAUUGAACAUACUCGAGGCACGCUCUUAGAGAGCGAGGGAUAUACGGACAGGAGCAAUAAGACGUUGAAGGGCAUGGCGAGAAGAAUGGCUACCAACAAGAUCAUCACAGUGGCCAUUAUCACGGUGCUGGUGAUUCUCAUUAUCGCAGUUGUUGUCAGCAAGUUCAGAUGA